AUGCAUGACUUUGUAGCAACGCCAGUGGACCUGAAAGACGCGCCACCCAAAGACAAGAUGGCGGCUAGCUCACUGGGUACUGAGCGCAUGGCGGACUCCCAGGUGGAGGGGGAACCGUCGGGUGUGCUGGCCAAGUUUAGAGCAGAACUUACCCAGAUCUUGGCAAGGAUGUUCUCUAAAACUGACAGGGGCGCGCUGGUGCAGGAGCUCCAAACUGCCCUAAGAGAAGAACUCGCAGGCCUGCACGCAGACCUGACCACGCUUGAGCAGAAAGUAGCGAGAUGGAGACCGCAACAUAGCGCAAUUGAAACGUUGGUCAAUUGGCAGGGUAACAUGCUGAUUAACUUCCGUAGACAGAUAGAGGAUCUUGAAAACAGGAGCAGGCAUAACAACAUCCGCAUCCGUGGCCUACUGGAAAUGGACGCGGCCCCGCUCACUGCUACCCUCGAAGCCUUAUUCAAACAAAUACUGGGUGCAGACCCCCCUGAAGGUAUUAGAUUCAACCGUGCACACAGAGCCCUGGGACCAGCAAGACAGGAUGGUAGCCUGCAAGAUGUGGUGUGUUGUUGCAUGCUUACGGCCUAA